UAAUUGUCACAUAACAGCUAAUCAUUCAUUAUUGAAAAUCUAACUAUCAAACCUGCAAUACAAAGACCACACAGCUGAAGGUGUCCUGCAUAGUGAGUUAUUUCCCCUCCUUUCCACUUUAUGUCUGCCCAGUCUUCUUUUCCAUGGCAGGAUCUUCUCAUAUUGAAGUGUUAUAUUUUUAUGUAAACAUAAUGGAAUUCUGAUUAGUUAUAGGCAAAUGAAUACACAGGCCUAAACUGUAUGCUGAUUUCCUUAUCACUAUAAUCUAGUAGAGGUCAUUUAUUUUAUGCCCCAUUCUACACACAGCCUAAAUUAUAGGCACUGAACCAUUUACAGGACAAUAAUGAAAGUAGCAUAUAGGAUACAACCCUAUGACAGAGUGAAUACAUGUAGAGCGUUUGUAGACUUUAAGAAAAAAAAAUUAAGUGACAGUUUCAUCAGUACGUGCUUAAAGAAAGUCAUAUCGCAAAGAUCACAGAUGACAGUGCCCAUCAAGUCUAUGACGAUAGAGAAUGAAUUGUAAGCACCAAAGUGUGUUCGUCAAAAUAAUAUCUGAGAAUUUCAGUUGUUGAACAUAAUACUUGUAUUUGCAAUAGCAAUUUAUGAUAUAUGCAGUUGAAGAUUAUUUCAUGUACCAACACUACAUGUAGGACGGACAUAAUACAUUUCCACAGAGGCAUUUUUCAGCUCUGAUUUUCCCACUCAGAAUCCAGAAAGGAUAUGACAAUGGGGCCAGCACACGACGUAAUACACCCUUACAACCAUCUCAUUUUUGAUCUUCUUGACUUGGUAUCUGGUAAACUGCUGUUAGGGGUUAGUGUACUCCAGUAAAAAAGGGUUGGUUUAGAUUAAAAACGAUUUCCCUGUGUCCUUGUUCAUAGGGGCGUGAGAGACUAGUCAGUGGUAGAAUUGAGUUGGCUCAAACACCCACAGACCCACAAGGUUGAGGUUACUCAUGGACAGUAAUUAGUAAAACAUAAAUGUUUUUUUUUUUGCAUUGUGUCUUCCAUCUGUCCAAGAAUAGGAUCCUACGUGUUAGGAAAUAUUUGUUCCCAUACAUACAAAGGAGGAUGUCUCUCCUCAUACCUCUGGCACUUAGUCAGACUGUGUAAAAACUUUAGAUGGGGCCGGCAAAGGAGUUCCAUUGACUAAGCACCACGGAGACCAAUCAGGAGAGAAUACAUACAGGUCAAGGGUGCCAAUUGAAAGUCAAGGGGUGUGUCUGUGCCUUUUGGAUUACUCUCUUGCAAACAGAGAACCCCUGUGGUUCAAGUCAAGAGCUACCCUUCCCCUUUCAGUCUGCUCUGCACAUGUCUGAAAGUGACCGAGCCAGCAGCCAAGAGAGUUUUUCAUAGUAUUUCAUAAAAAAAUAUACAUGUAUGAAUGGAUGUAAAAUGUUUAUGUAUUAGAUCCAGUACAAUGGCAUAACUAUAGUCCAUUGACUAUACAAGAGUAGUCAGUGGACAUUCUGAACUUUGUUUGAAGUCAGUAGGUCACAUGACCAAGGAGCUAUUGAAAUUAGAAUGUUUGUUUGAAAAAUUCAUGUAAAAACGUGUGAGAUGAAAAUGGACAAACUAAAGGUUUUGCAAUGUGUAGGCCCACUGAGUGUACAUUCUGAACCUUGUUGAAGUCAGUAGGUCAUAUGACCAAAGAGCUAUUGAAAUUCAAAAAUGUAAAUAAAUCAUUUUAAAUAGUGCGAGACAUUAAAAAAGUGUGUGCAAAAUGUGUCUAUGCCAUCGGGUUAUCAAGAACCAGUUUUGAAAGUUUUAGGAGUAAUGGUUAAAGAGCUAUUGAAAUGAGAAAAAUUAGAUUUGUCACUAUGUUGACGGUACCUAACUGCUGUUGUUAAACGUAAGUAAAACUACAGGCGAAUAUCCUACCUGAAACUGGUUUUUACCUCGGUUGUAAAAUGAUAUAUAAUUGCAUGAAAUGCGUUUAUAAAAGGCCAAAUUUUUCCCGGACCCCUAGGCUACUAAAAAAUGUUACCCAUGUACGCAAGUUUUGUAAGUGCCUCUACUGCUCUAUGCCACUAGGGUAAUGCGAUGUUAAAAAAUAUAUAUAAUCAUGUAUGCCUUGACUACGAGUACUUCAGCUCCCCAGGUCACACCCAUUUCGUGCUCACUUUUUGUUCCGUAGCCUCCCGAUUUGCACAUUUAAGCACUGAUUGUCAGUGUAUGUACCUUACCUGUAGGUAGGCUUUAUGUGACUGAUAACAUGUGCAGAAUAUGUUCCAAAAUAAAACGUUUAACGGAGUUAAGAACAUAUCGUAAACUCACUCCACAACGAGCUUGAAAUGUCACGGAUUGAGCAGUCCAAUUGGUACUGUUUGGGUGGCUCAACCCGUUGGAAAGUUGUCAAAGAGGGCUGUCACGAUAUGUUCAUAAGUCCGUUACACAUGGCAUUUCUAUUUAAUGUUUGUACAUGUUGGCACAUAUGAUGUACAUGUUAUCAGUGCGAAGCAGAGGUUCACUGGUUGAGACCAGUAUGGGGCAGUCGUACAGUGGAGGUUAACUUGAAGAAGAAUGGUGACGAAGGAGAUGACAGCCGGUUUACGAUCCCGUAACCAAUUGUGCUAUUGUGUUUUUGUAAACAUUUCACUGUAAAUUCGGUAUUCGGCGCAUGUGACAAAUAAAAUGAGAUUUGAACUUAACCCCCUUUACACACGAUACCGCUCCGUUCUGCUGAUCGAGGGACUGAGCUCAUUGAUCCAGAGAGGAAAUCAAGCACAUAACAUUUUGAUUACAACUGCUGGGACUAGUUUGAUUAUUUCAAUGUAAAUAUAAUCUCCUAUAGGCCUACAUACAGUAUUUUGAAAUACACUUUGAGUUUUUAACAUCCUAAUACCUAUCAACAUUGGAUGUUAUACCAUUUAUAUUUAAAUUAUUUUGUACCAAUUCCUCAAGAUAGAGGUAUGAAGCGUACUUAGAACUAGGAUAAAUGUAGCCUCUAUACCUAUUUGUGUGUACAAUAACAAAUAAACAUAGGACGUCACUAUAAAUAAAUGUUCUUCUUAUGCAACAUACAAAUGUAUGUAUAUGUGUGAUAGAUUAUAGACUGAGCUAGACGCAUCUACAUCCGUUUUAAACACUAACGGUUGGGGUUCUUGAACGUUCUCCAUAAUUCCUCACCCGAUGUCAACGCCCCGGACCCGAACACCUACAGUCGGAUUCUAACACCAGGAAAUAAACGGUACAGCUGAUAAACCUUUUAAGGUAAAUUCAACAGUAGGUCCGACCUACUUGGUACUUUCAACAAUACGGAUGUCCCCCUUCGCCUCCCCCAGGCUCAAGGGUUGCUGAGAAAAAUCUGCAUAUAUUUUCCAUAUCUGCAAGGACACAAUGGUGCCAGUACUGUAGACUACAUUGAUCUUUGAACCAGCGAAACGCCAGCUGAGAGUUGGAGAUGCCUCUAUUCCGUGCCAUGAUGGAGCUCAGGGCUGCGAAACGGGUAGUGAGAAAGAGGAAGAUUAGAGGACGGGGAAGAUGGGAGGAGGAUGAUGAUCAUCCUCCCCGACUGACCAAGCUUUGUCUGUGGAACUUGGCGGAGAACAUGAAGGAAGUGUGGGUCAAAGACUACGCUGACAACUACAUGGAUCAGUACUUCUUCAGAUAUGUCAUGGGCCCCUUCACCCUGCUGCCGGCUGAGCUGGUAGAGGAGCUCCUGUCUGUCCUGUCUUCCAGGUGUGAGUUGUCCCGUGCGGCACUACACCUCCUGUUGAUCCCUCAGCUCAGAACCCUAUCUCUUGGGGGCCACUCUGCUCUGGUCACCCCCAGCCUCUGCACCCUCAUCGGGAUUCGCUGCCAGAGCCUGCAUUCCAUGGACCUCUCUGGAGCCCAGCAGGUGUCUGCCCAUGUCCAGUGUGACCUACUGGGUUGUCUGCCUUCCCUGCGCUCCCUCUCUCUGGCUGGCACCCCUUGUGACAGACAGGUUGUGGAGAUGGUUGCCCGCCAUUGCCCCGCGCUGCGCCACCUCGACGUGUCCCGCUGCCACUUCCUGCCCCCCGCAGGCCUGCUCUGCCUGAGAGGUUCCUCCUGCGCCUCCCCACCCCACCUCAGCAGCCUGCUGGCUCUGGAUGUGGGCUUUGGGGAGGGGGAUGGAGACGGGGUGGCUGCCAUGGCCUUCCUCCUGCUCUCCCUGCCGUGGCUGGAGAGAGUGGCAAUGGAAGGCCUGGGGGAGGCCUGUGGCCUCAUACACAGCAGGGAGUUCGGAGGGACUGAGGAGCUCACAACCAAUGAGGGGAUGCCCAGUCUCUGGGAGGUGUGGAGGGAGAGGAGGCAGAGUGGGAGGGUCACAGACACAGGCGAGAUAUCAGGAGCGGAUGUGGAGGAAAUUGAAGAGGAGGUAAAUGACAACUGUUUCUCGUGGGCGAGUGAGGGUGAGAGUGAGGAUGAGGGUACAGGUGAGGAGACAAGGGGAGUUGGAGGUGGAAGAGGUGACGCCCAGAUGAGAACAAGGAAGGAAAUAGAAGAAGACAGUGUUGAGAAAGGAAGAGAAGAGGGAGUGGGGGGGGCAGGGGGUGAGGGCUUUACCUUACGUCUAAGGGAGGCGCAGGGCAUGUCUGGUGGGACUCUGGAGGCUGUAAGUCAGCUUUGCCCCGAGCUGCGCUCUAUAUCACUGGACUGUGAGGAGGAUGGGCCUAGCCAGGGGUCUUGUCUGGCUGCAGGCCUGGCCAGGUGGGCAGGCCAGCUGAGGGGACUCUCUGUGCGCUUCACAGGGCCCCUGGAUGAGCUGCUACCUGCCCUGCGUGCUAUGAAGGGCUCCCUGGUUUCUCUCACCCUGGAAGGGGUAAGAACCAGCUCUCAGACAGACAUGCUGGAGCUCCUCCACGCCUGUCCCAGGCUGAGGAGCCUCGUCAUCCACGCUGAGCCUCUUAGCCCCCAGGAGGAAGAGGAGGAUGAGGAGGACGAGGACAGGGAUCUACCCUGUCUACCACAACUGUGCUCUCUCUCCCUAAACUUCUCCUAUGACCAGCGCCAGAUGAAGACCGUCAUGUCCUGGAGGUCUCUGGGGGGGGUGCUGUGGAGCGUACUAUCCGGCUCUCCCCUCCUGGAGAGGGUCUCUCUGGUGGCAGUGCCUUGUCCGCUGGAGCCUGUGUUCCAGAAGCUUCUGAAGCGCCCUGCGGCCCGACCCAACAGCCCUCCACUACAACAACUAUGCCACCUCAGCCUUGUCCGCAGUGACGUUUCCAUGGAGACGGCGUCGGGCCUGAUGACCAUCAACAAGCAUCUGAGCAGCCUGGACCUGAGAGGCUGCUGGGCAGUGAGCCUGGACAACAUGAGGCAGCUACAGAGGACAGCCACCAGGAGGCAACGUUGUAUCACUAUCACCUGGACAUGAUGUGCUUUACAUCUGCCAGGCAGGGGCACCCUCAUUUACACAUACUGUGUGUUUGGGGCAAAUCCAACACAUCACUGAGUACCACUCUUGAUAUUUUCAAACAUGGUGGUGGCUGCAUCAUGUUAUAUGUAUGCUUGUCAUCGGCAAAAACUAG